AUGAGACCCUCUUUCUGCCGUUUCUUCUCGUCCCUGGGGAGGCCUCCGACUGGACCUGCAUACAGGCCAACGACCUCCAGCUACUACUGUCCUACGACGUAUAACAAUUUCCAGUGGCCCAGUAACUGGAUACCUUGGUUGAACCAAUCUUCCGCUGUCUGGCCAAACCAAGCUCCCGCCGUCUGGCCAAACCAACCAUCUGCUCCAUGGCCAAACCAAACUCAUGCACCUUUGGCAAAUCCAUGCCCUCAUUUGACACCUGGCUGUUGUAACGGAUUUCCCGUAUCCGUUACUAAUAACAAUUACUAUCCUGUCUGUCCUAACACUUCUGCCUGCGCAGCGCAUGUCCCCCUUCCCACUGCCUGGCCUACAGCCCCAGGAUAUUGGGCCCCCGUCACAACCGGUCCCAUCCCUGCUCCUGUGGCGCUUCCGGCCGUGGCGUGGAACGGCCAAGUACCUGCCUGGAAUGCAUGGCCUGCAGCCCCUGGCAUCGCUCCUCCAUCUGCGCCGACGCUCCAUCCCUUGUUGUGCGGCACCCCGGUCGCUUACCCUCGUCUUUCCUGGUCAAUCGGGGAAUUUGUCUCCUCCGCUCAAAUCUGCUCCAACCCCAACACGCAACGCUCGCUUACCAAUGCAGAACUCAUUGGACAGGUCGUACCCCCCUCCAUUUCCGAAAUUCGCAUCCGCUUGACCCAUCGCUCGAUCAGUGAUUGGCAGGAGUAUUGGGGCCCCAUCGUCGUUACGCGGUACUCGUCACAGGGAAUCAAGUUAGAAGAUGUGUUACAGGGGAUAUUCAAUUUCUUUCAGACACCGUUGGUGCCUGUCGAGGUUGCCGGCAUGCACCCUUCCCAUCAAGGACUUGUGAUGUUGGAAGCAGAGAGAAGGGCGAGAGAGUUACCGAAUGGUGGGAUUUCUAGUCAGGUAGAGCGGAAUAAAGGUUUGCUGAGGAUUGAUCUGGUCAGAGCUGUCGCAGGUGGGUUAAAAUUUGCGGGUAUGCAGCCGAUGGGGGGAUCCAGGGACUUUUCGUUGAGUCUCACGAAUUGA